ACAGCUGAGGAAGAAAACAUUGCUAAUUAGUAACGUUAGAUAAAUACAUAUAAUUAACUUGGCUACAUUGUUUUUCUUCUGACGUAACGUUAACAGUUACACCUGUUAGCUUAAUGCUGUUUAUUCUCUAACUAACUAAUUAAUUGUAACACCUGUUAACUUAAUGCUGUUUAUUCUCCAACUAACUAGCGUUAGUUAACAGUAACACAUGUUAGCUUAAUGCUAUUUAUUCUCCAACUAACUAGUUAACAGUAACACCUGUUAGCAUAAUGCUGUUUAUUCUCCAACUAACUAGUUAACAGUAACACCUGUUAGCUGAAUACUGUUUAUUCUCCAACUAACUAGUUAACAGUAACACCUGUUAGCUGAAUGCUGUUUAUUCUCCAACUAACUAGUUAACUGUUACACCUGUUAGCUGAAUGCUGUUUAUUCUCCAGCUAGUUAACAGUAAGCUCUGAAGUCAGUGAACAGUUCGCUAGCAUAGCUAGCAUAGCUAUAUUAAUUGCAGUUACGCCAGAAGAAAAAAAAUGAAGCCAAGUUAAUUAUAUAUAAAUUGUUUACCUAAUAUUACUAAUAAGCAAUUUGUCAGUGUUAGAAUGUUUAUGAGUCAUAAGAUAGCAAACAAGGCAGGAAAGGCUUCGCUUUUGACUGCAGGAAUUGGGGCUUCAGAUAUGUCAUCCUAAACUCCACAUUUCCACCAGGAGCAUCCAUUCAUGGCCAAAUGUGAUUAAAUUCCUGGUGGAGAUAUGGAAAAAGUACAAACAUCGACUGCCUUCGAAGUUGUACCAGGAGCACAUGUUGCAGAUUGCAGAUUUUCUCUUUGGGAUAAAGUUGUACCAGCUCGCUCUUUGUCAGGGCUACAGUCUCCACCUGCUGCAGUUCAACUCAGUGAAAAUAACUGACAUCACAGAUGUGGACCAAUUCAUGGCCUGCUUCUUCCCUGAAGGUUUUGAUACAGACCGAGAUGACUUUGCCAUGAAGAUCCAUGCAAUGCAGGGCUGUGCCCUGUGUAUAUUUGAGCAGGAGAAAAGGCACAGCGUCCUCAGCCAGAAGGGACUCUGUAAACUGCUGCGUGUGCUGAACUUCAUCAGGAUCAUGAUGCAGGCGUUUCAACAACAUGAGCACGUCUGCUGGCAAAUAUAUAAUGGUUCAUUACACAUCUACACCAUCUGCCGUUACCUGAUGACCAUGAAUUGUAGUGCACAGGCACUGGAGUACCUUCUGUGGGCAAGCAUCAGUAUAGAGCUGUCCAUCCCUCUGAUGACUGCUAAGUAUCUGCCAUGGAUUGUCACACUCUACUGUGCUGUCUGCCACUGUUACUAUGACAACCAGGCCGCUGUGCAGGCGGAGGAAUUUGCCAGGAGAGCCCUUGAAAAAGUCAAUGAGCUCGCUGAGCUGGAGGAGCAGAAUGAAGUUCCUGCCACCAGAGAGACUCAGAGAGCUUACAAAGAAGCCUCUAUCAAGCUGGCUGCCAUGAUGUUCAAACGUGCUGUGUUUGAGGCCAGAAGGAAACCCAAAACCAAAACCAAAAUCACCUUGAAGGACAUACCCAAUGGGCCAUGGCCUCGUACUGCAACAGAGCGCAUGCUAAUGAGCCUGUUCGACAGCAGUGCAGCACAGUUCUUGGGCAUCUUAGAAGCACUUUGGGACAGCACCAGACGGCCGCUGCAGACGAGGAUGCCAGAUGAACCAGAACUGCAGGAGGUGAUCCUGGAACUCCUGUCUGCUGGCAUCAGUAUAUUAUCUGGAGUUGUAACUACUAGUGAGUCUCAUGUGAGUCUCAGUGCACUGACACCAACAUCCACUCUAAUGGAUUUAGCCAUUACAGGAGAAAACAAAGUACCCAUUAUGUCUGCGAUGAGGUUUGUUAAGAUGUUGUUUCAGUACAGGCAGCCAGGUGCUUUCACCGAACUUGCCAGAGAGAUGCUCCAGGUUUUGUCUGGUGUGGAAGGUCAGUCAUUCAGGAGGGCCGAGCUGGAGCUUGCUUUACUUGACAGUUUCAGCCGUCUGCUGUCUUCCCAGAGGAGCCAUCCUAAAGAGGACAACAUGAUUGAUGACAGACACAAGUCUUCAUUCUCAAUGAGUUGUGAAUUCACUGGCCUAGUAGACACCCUGCACAAGUCUGUUUAUGGCUCUGCUCCUGAGGUGCAGCCAGAUGGGGAUCUGGUUUUGGAUGUUGUUUUAUUUCUGUGGGGUAAAGUGAAGCUGGUGCUCCAGAGGGAUCAGCUGCCAAAUCUAGAGUUUACAAACUACCUUGAGAAGGUAGAUAGUUACGGCAAGUGGCUGUGGUGUCUGUCUAUGCUGUGUGAGGUGGCCUUUGCCUGUGACCUGGCAACUGUUGACUGCAUAAUGACGGCAGAGAUGAUCCACAUGUUGGCCGUACUGCUGGAGAGAGCAGCUGAAUGCAGGAAUCAAUGUCCAGGAGCUCGUGAAGCAGACUGUGAGGGUGUGAAGCCAAGCUCUUUCUCUCUUCUUGAGAGUUCAAGUACAGAGCUGCUUCAGAAGGUGUGUGAGAUGGUGGAGAUGGGUCUUGAAGCUUUGGCAAAGGGUGUAGCUACACUGCUGCCCGAACAUUGCUCAGCAAUCACUGACUCUGCCUUCAUGCAGAGAUUUAGUCCCUUCUCUCCAUCGACUCCCUCCCCAUCUUCUCCGACAUCAUCAGGAGAGAGAAAUGAAGAAGAAGAAAUAAGUGAGAAGGAAAAAGAAGAAGUGGAAACUAAGGCAGAAUCAGUCAGUAUUACUCAGUCCACACGUGUGCUCCUGUUGGCCACAGACCUUCAUCUGGAGCUAGACAUCAUCCACCACAGGGCUUCCCUCAAGUUGCUGCAGCUAAAAGCAGUCGCAGAGUCUGAACUGUUGGAUCGGAUCAAGAAGAACAAGGUUUCCAAAGCUCUUUUCCUGAUCCAGAAAGCCUCACUGGCGUACAAGAACAUGGAGCCAGAAAACAGCAUCAACACCAAGAGUUUGCUAGAGGAGGCCUCCACCCUGAUUGAGAGAGCAGAGGUGGAGGAGAGAAAACUGUAUAACUCCACCACCCCGAAGACUCCAGCUGAAAACAAAGAUAGAGGGAUAAAGGAGAAGGAAGAAAACCCUCCACCUCCCCCCAUUCUGCUCUCACGCACUGACCGCACUUUAACCUUUGCCCCAGCACCUUAUAACUUGGAAGGACAAGUGUGCUGGUACCAGCACUGCGGCCGUGCAGAUGAGGGCAUUAACCGGAAAGUCCGCCUUGGAGACUGCAGCCUGCCAGGAACUGGAAGUAUGGUACCAGCAGUAUCUGGUGAGUGUGUGCUGAGGGUGGAGGGGCUGGAGCCUAACCAGAAGUAUGUGUUUGCUGUAGCCGCCUACAAUAGCCAGGGAAAGCUACUGGGCAACACUAUAGGAGGGUCAACAUUCCCACUGCUGGCAUCCUUGCCCGUACCACUGCUCUCCACGUGGGCUCACUUUGCGCAGGUGGCAUUUCAAACAGAGCAGUAUGUUGUGGCGAUUAGAGCCUGCAGAGAACUUUGGAUCCACUAUACCUACCCUGACCCUGGGUCCCACAGCACACAGGAUAGACUCGCUGUCACAGGGCUGCGUGUACAGACCCUGCAACACUCCUCUCCUCACCUGUGUCAGUUGUUCCUCACUUCCAUCUUCAUUGAGACAGAGAUCAACAUUCAGCAGGGAUCGCUCUAUUGUGACUCUACUGUGACAUUCAUCUGGGAACAGGAAGCCAGACUGGCAGAGUGUGACCGAAUGCUGGUGGCCAUGGACCUGGCAAUGUGGUUGAAUGACAGUAGCGCUGCCGUGCAAGCUGUAGUUAGCUGUUAUGGCCUCUUGGCACCUCUAAUCUUCCAUCAGAUCACUUGCGACCCUGUUGUACAGGUGCUGAAAAAAUGCUUGAUAGUUCUGGAGGAGAAUUCAGGUCUUCUCAAACAAAAAUGGAGUGGAAACACCUCAGAGUCAUUUAUGCACAUGAUAGCCUCCAUCACCUACUACCUGUCCAAGGCAUUACGUGUGCUCAGGGAGCAUCAGAUGGCUUCUGUGGUGAUGGACUGUGGUCGCACGCUGCUCCAAGGGAUCUAUGACGCCCAACUGCAGAUCAGUAGAUGUGCCAGUAAAGCUGUGAAUUCUAAGACAGAUCAUGCUGCAAUCAAGGGUGAAAUGAAGAUAAGUCAUCAACUGAAGGCACUGCAUUGGAUGAACAAUAAAAGAAUUACAUCUGAAGCAGCUAUCACCACAGAUAGUGAGAUUGUCCGCCCACUGACUGACUGUGAGAAUCCCACCGUAUUGUAUGAUCUGAUCUCCAACAGCACAUUAAAGGAUGCCUAUCAAGAUGUGAUGAAGCUCAGACACAAGGCAUAUUUUAUUGAGUUCGCGGCACUCCUUCUCAAGAGAACCAUGGAAGAAGGCAACCCAGACCUUGUGUUAAAGUGGGGACAAAUCGUGUUUGAGUUUCUAUCCAGGCGUGACGAGGUUAUGGGACUAUUCACAAAAUGUUUGGAGGGAAACAGUCAGCAUAAAAGAGGAAAUGAACCACCUCAGCAGAACACGAACACACCUUCACACGAUGAUACAAGAAAGAAACUAAAGCAGAAAAUGCCACACAGCAUGCUUCAUAGAGUGAGAACUAAGAGGGAAAAGCAAGCCGUGGAAAACCUGCUAAGCAUGAUGUCGUCUGUGGUGAAACGUCACAAGAAGCAGCUCCGGCUGAGGAACAUGUGCUGUGAGGAGAGAGUGUGGAAGUCUCAUCUCAACUACAGCAUGGCUCAAGCCCAUCUAGCACUGCUUUACCAGGGCCUGGACCAGCUGCACGGAGGAGCCCUGCACCACAGUUACAGGCAGAUAAAUCCCUUGUGUUUCUCUCUGGCCUACUCUGGUGUCCUGGUGCGGAAGAACCCACAGCGACAGCAGUCUUCUGAAUAUGAGAGCGUCUCAGAGAGACACUCCUCUCACUCCGGUCUUAGGGAAUAUGUGGUUGCACACAAAGAGAGGAGCAAAAAUGAGGCAGUCAGAGUGGAUGACUCUGACACAGAGGAGAGUUGUGAGGAGGGAGAGGACUUCUCUCAAAUGGUGGAACAGCAGAUUGAGACACACAGACGCACUGCUGCCUUGCUGCUGGACUCACUUAAAGAAGCUGCUUUACAUCUUCAAAGGGCCAUGGUGUUGGCCCAUCGCGGCAGCCACUGGACCACUCUGCAGUUUGUGUGUCAGACUGUGUGGGACCAAAGCUGCAGAAUCACUGACCUAGUGCAGAGAGCUGCUCAGCUUGAACCUCCCUCCCCCAUCACAGCGGACCAGCUGCACACCACCUUCACCCCACUACUGGUGCUGGCUACUGACCUAAUCAUGGACAUGCUGAACAGACUCGAGCUGUGGAGUUUGUAUGACAGAGACUUGACUGAGGAUGAACUAGAGUCCAGUCUCCACUUCUCAGCCCCACUGGAUAACAGCACCCAGGCGGACCUGCGUUGGGUCCGCACCCUGGUGUUCCACACUCUGGAGCGUCUCCAUGACAGUGGCAAAUGGGAAAGCCUGGCCCACUUCGCCUUAGUUUUCAACUCAUACACACAGGAACGUUAUGCCUUGAUCGUAACUCCGCUACUGGUCCACGCUCAGAGGAGGCUGCUUGAAAGGAUUAGUUCUUUUGGAGGACAUGCAGUCCCUCAACCACACCAUGUCAAGACACAGAAGGCCAGUGGCAAGGAGGUGACUUACAGGAGCUACGCAGGCUCCCAGCUCCUCAUUGGGUGGACCUCUCGUUUUACACACCAACCGCCCGUUCACAAGAAAGCAGCACUCACAUACUCCACUCCUCGAGACGCAGUUGACCUUAAAGGUGCAGAGAUACAGCACUCCAUGUCCCUUGUAUGCGUUCCUCUGGAUGUAGAAGACACACUGAUCUGUUACCGUCAAGCUCUCGAGAGAAGACCACAUUGUCUUCAGGUCUUCCAGCAUAGUCGCUCAUUACUGCUGCUACUUCUUGCAUACACAUCGCCCUGCUUUGCGGCACAGUUGCCGCACUGUCAGAGCAGUGGUCUCAGCCAUUCUGCAAGCCUGGUUGAUUUCAGUCCCUUAGUUAUGCCUAUUCCAAACAACCAACCUUGCGACCUGACUGAGGAAGACUACAAUACUCCAAAUGCUCUCUACAGCUUCCCUAUCAGCCCUGACCACAUGCCGACUGUCACUGCUGCAUACUCCACCUCCAUUAAGUAUCUCCAGGCCAACAAUCAUGACUCCCUCAGAGUUCAGGCACUGCAUGAAAUGGGAAACCUACUGUUCUACAAUGGAAACACAAGGGCAGCACGCUCGUACUGGAGUAAAGCUGUAGAUUGUGCCUUACAGAGCUCAGAUGCUGUAGAGAAAUGGGAUGGCAUGUCCUUUGGGGGUGGCUCCUUGCAGCAAACCCUGAAACAGGCUGGCAUUUGGGGAUGUCUACAGGCUGCUGGACUCACUGCUAAGAUUGCACAGUAUAUCUUAACGUCUGAUAUCAGCCAACGGACCAAGUGCUGUCUCAUGUCUGCACACCUCUUUAAGUGUGUGCUGUGUUGCUCCCUGGCUCAGCCCCAGGCCGACCUCCAGUACGCCUAUCACAGCAUCGGAGAUGAACUGCUCCCUGGAGUCGACCUUUUCUCUGAGACCCACAGGGUUCAAUUCAGCACCACUGUAGCCAGCCUUAACUUCAUCUGCCACUGGCUUUUCACCACAGGCUACUACAUCACGCUACUGCCCACACUAGCCCUUUACCUACAUUUUGUGGGGACUGUGUGCAGAGAUUUCCAACGCACUGUUGAGGGCAAAAUACUUAAGAUACGUGCCCUUACUGAACUGUGUCUGUUCACUGAAGCUGUAAAGGAGGCAGUUCAGCUCACACAAGGAACAGGCCUCCUUCUGCCUUAUGGACACUACAUCGCCAAAGAUAAUCCCCAACCUGUGAAGACAUUCUACAGCAACAAGUCUCUCCUGGACAACUCUGAGGCUUUGGAGGAACUUGUGAACUCUGACUUUGCUCCAGAGGUGCGGACUCUGUAUGGAUCCACAUUGUGCAUCCGAUUCAACCUUGCUCGUCUACAACUAGUCCUGGCACUCAGUAACACCGUACAAGGCCCUCCUGUGUCAGAUACUGUUGAAGGAGAAGCUUGUGCCAGCAUAACAAAAUGUUCGGUGAACUCAAAACCCCAUGAAGAGGACAGACUGGACACUGAGGCCUCCUGUCUAAAGACAGAAGAGACAAAAGUGCUGAGCCUUGAUACCAAGAAGGAGAAGAUCACUCCACAAAGGAUUAAGUUCAUUUUGCUAGAAGGAGCAUCCUCCUUGUUGCAGCAGCUCACCACUCAGUCCUGUAGCGAAAUAGAGAACCUGGAACUGGCAAUAGAGUCCAAUCUUCUAAAGGCCAACCUAUACCUGCAGCAAGGACAUGCUGCACUUAGUUCUAAGAUGGCAAUUUCCUCCUUGGUGCUGCUGCAGAAUUCUCCUGUAAUCAUGAGAGGAAUCAUACCUGGCUCUGAGAACUUUGCGUCUGAGAUCCCACAUACCAGGACUGGAAGUGAACGGGGUUCAAAAGAUUGCAGUGUGUCAAACCCCCUGCAUGGAGACUGUCCCAGAGCAGUUGAGGCCAGUGACAGAAUUGGAGUUUCACUGUGGCUGCGUUGCCGCCUGGCUCUGGUCCGCAGCGUGGCCGCAGACAUCCCUUGCACUGCUGCCUUUUUCCCAGGUAAGAACAUCAAUGAGGAGGCAGCUCGGGUGUUACAUGAGGGUCUUGAUGAAUGUGCACGAUGGGGAGAACUCGAUAUUCAGGCUCUUCUGAUGGUCGAAGGUGCGGAAUUCGAAGCACAGAGAGGCAAGAUUGAUCACAGCAUGGCAAUGCUGCAGGAAGCAGUGACCCUGCUGUCAGGACGGAAAUGCAUGCCACCAGGGUCCAGUGUGACUCUGGCUCAGGCCACUUUGCUGCUCAGCGACCUUAGAGGAGCACAGAGCACCACACUUCUAAAACUGACACAGAAACUACUGAAAAAGCAGCUGUGUGUUUUUGGUCAGAGUGUGGUGUUGGAUGAUGGAAAAAUGUGUUUCUCUCCUCCUGGACCCAGCAACAUCUACCUCCCUUACCUCAACAUACUGGAUCAGACCACUUUGCGAAUUGGUCACAUCCUGGAACUUGGCGCCAUGCAAUUGUCAGUCUCUCCCCAGUCAACACAAUCUACUUCCAGGCAGCGUUCACACCAGUCCAGCCAGAUUGAGAGAGACUCUCAAGCACCAGUUCCGUCUUUGGACAACCCAACCACCUCCAGUCCUACAAGCGUAGAAUGACGCUAAUGUGUUGCAUUUGGCACUGCUCUCUCCCAGUCCUGUGCCUGUUGAGAGGCAUAGCUGGAUGCUAAGUGGUAUAGGGCCACAUGCUUGGUCUGUGUUUUUAUUCCUGGGGUGUUUGUUAAAAAGAGCAAGAAUGUUGUGGGUAAACUGGUGUAUUGACACAAUACGUAAUAAACUUUGUAAAUAAGAA